AUGGAUUCAAGGCAUCCCUGGACUGUUAUAACAGACAAAUUUGGUUCAAUCCUCCCUGUGUUUGAUGAGCUGAUUGGCAAAGAUGCUCAAUUUAAUGCUUUUGUGAGCACUCCAGCGAUUUCUCAUGAAAUCAUCUUUGGGAUUGGCACAGCGGCAUCAAACCAGACUGUGAUUAUGAACAUAGAGAAUGGUGUAUGUCAUGCGAGAGUUGGUACUGCUCAGCAGGCCUCGUUUACACUACUGGCGUCACCCGAACACUGGGAGCAAUUCUUUCAACCAAUCCCAGUUGCUCCCUUCCAAAGUUACUGGGGUAUGUUUGGGAUGAACAUCAAACAGAAAGGCAUCGAGAUUCAAGGAGAUCAGGUAUCUUUCGAUCAACACACCCACAUUUGGAGGCGGGUUCUUGAAGUCCUUCACGACGCCUAUUGCGGGCCGAUGAAGACCGACGAACAGCCUGAAGAUGACGAAGAUCACAUCAUCGGUCGUUAUGUAUAUGUAACCAUUCCGAUAUGGGGGAGGUGCAAAGUCUUUUACGAACAGAGCGGGUUUGGAGAUCAGGACAUAGUGUUCCUUCAUACCGCUGGAGCAGAUAGUCGGCAAUACCAUGGUGUCAUGAAUCAUAUCAAAAUGCGCGAGAGGUGUAACAUGAUAGCUUUUGAUCUUCCCGGUCAUGGAAAAAGCUUUCCUCCUCAAAAUUACUGUCCCGGGAACUAUACAAAUUCCGAAGACAGCUAUGUCGGUGCCAUUGCCGCAAUGGUUAAGAAGCUGGAAUUAAACAAACCUAUAAUAUGCGGGGCAUCUAUGGCUGGUCAAGUGUGUCUUGCUGUAGCGACUAGAGCUGAUGAAGUUGGUGCUGGUGGAACAAUUCCACUGCAAGGUUGUGAUUAUGUAACUAUGGAUCGUCAAUUCAACGAUCAAUCGCCAUACAUCAAUCAGUCUCUCUUUAAUCCCGAAUGGAUCUAUGGAAUGAUGUCACCAACCACACCUCUCGUCAACAAACAACUCAUAUGGCACAUGUACAGCGCACAAGCCUAUGGUAUUUUCCACGGUGAUUUGGACUUCUACUUCGGUGGCUGGGAUGGGCGCUCGCGAAUGUCCAGUAUCAAUAUCAACAAAUGCCCAGUGUAUAUGUUGACGGGCGAAUACGAUUGGAGCAACACUCCUGCCAUGUCUCAAGCAACUUGUGACAAAAUCCCAGGAGCAAAACAUAAAUCUAUGCCGGGCAUUGGGCAUUUCCCAGCGACAGAGAAUCCCCACAAGUUCAUUCCACAUUUGUUGGAGGCGGUUGAUUGGAUACAACAUACUAGACGACCAGAUUCGUUGGAGAAUAUUGUUUGA